AUGCGCUAUUGGGCUGACACCAAUCCUCGAGAAUUGCAUCAAAGGCCUUUGCAUUCACCUAAAGUUACAGUGUGGUGUGCAAUUUCCUCAGCUGGAAUUAUUGGUCCCUGGUUCUUUGAGGAGAAUGAAGUCGCAGUGACAGUGAAUUCGGACCGGUAUUUAAACAUGUUACAGGAAUUUUUUUUUCCACGGCUAGAUGAGUUGGACUUAGGGGACAUUUGGUUCCAACAAGACGGUGCAACGGCACACACUUCAAGAGCAUCGAUGGCUGUAUUGAGGGAACACUUCCCAGAGCGCCUCAUCUCAAUUAGGGGCGAUUUGGAGUGGCCGGCCCACUCUCCCGAUUUGACCCCUUGUGAUUUUUUUCUAUGGGGUUUUUUGAAAUCCUGUGUUUAUGUGAACCGUCCAAGUACCCUACAAGAUUUGAAGACCAACAUCCAGGAAGAAAUUGCCAACAUAACGCCUGCUAUGCUGGCAAGAGUCAUGACAAACGCCAGAAAUCGGUUUACUCAAUGUAUGGAGAAUGGGGGACGUCACCUAUCUGAUUUGAUCUUCAAAACUAUGUAA